GAAGUAAUUGGAUUAUUGGGGGGAAGAUAUAGUUGCGAACAAAAAGAGCUAAAGAUACUGAGAGCCGAGCCUUGUGAAAGCUUAAGUACGGAGGUGCAGUGUGAAAUGGACUCUGUUUCACAGACGGAAGCCUUUACCGAACUAUGCAACCGUGGAUACUCUGUAGUUGGUUGGUAUCAUUCACAUCCGUAUUUUUCUCCUAUUCCUUCCAUAAGAGAUAUUGAAACGCAGUCAAAAUAUCAGGACUGGUUUGCUCAGGGUGGAGCUCCCUUCGUUGGAGUUAUUAUUAGUCCAUACUAUAGACAACUUGUAACACACGAAUCCAGUAUUACAUGUUUAAUGAUUGGAGAUAAAAUGGAUAAAACGGAUAAUCUUAGUAAGUUCUAG